UGUCCUUGGCUUUCAACAUUUUUUAUAAGGAAAAAUCUUAACAGUGUGGUUGGCACUUGUAUUUAACCUCCAAUUACUCUAAUACAGAUAAAUACAAUUCAGUUUAGAAGUUAUCUAUAGAGUCUCAGCCAGAGGCUGGUUAGCUUGAGGAUAUUUAUGGAAAGAAAUAAAUAAAAAAUCAUCAGAAAAAACUCAAAGGAGAAAUCACAACUUGCAGUUUAAAAAUGACAACACCGAACAAGACCUAACGGUUUCUUUUUUUAAUGUUAAUAAUAAUAUUAAUAACAAAAAAACAUGUACCCUUCUCCCUCCAGCGUCUCCCAGAGAAGAGGAGAUCUCUCCGCUUCCCUGUGACGCUGUGCGCCCCCCUCCCUUCCUCUUUCCCAACAAAUGUGAGGCGCACCAGCGGGACGGACUCAGCACGGUUCCAGUUCUUGUGCGCCAACUACCAGGAAAGUGACACUUGACUCUAAAACCUCCACAGAAUCCAUCCGAACCGUGGAUGAGAGUCGGAGGAAGAAAACACGCUCCAGUUUGGGGAAAGAAGGGACCGCAGAGAGCUUUGCGCGGACAGUUUUCCUCCCUUGUUGAUAUAUAUAUAUUUUCUUUUUGAGCAGCGUGCACAGACUGACAUGUCAGCGGGAGUAAAGACGUGAAUGAAGCGCGGCGGCUCGGACCCUGCAGCGCCAGCGCGGCGGUUCGGUGAAAAAUAAGAGAAAAGGAUGAAAUCCAGGAGUCAGGAUCAGAGUCUCUCUGACUCCAGAGAGCUGGACAGAUCCUUCGACCCGCUCACAGGUAACCCUCUUACCAAACCCAACAAAAAGACAAUUAAACAGCGCUUCCUCAAACUUCUGCCCUGCUAUCCCUCCGGCUCCAGCUCUUCAAUUACUCAAAGAAGUUUAACUGAAGAGGGGGAGCUGUCCACGGUGCGUUACAGACCUGAGGGACUUGACAAUCUGGUUCAGCAGACUAAUUUCAGCAAAAAGGAGCUGCAGGUUCUUUACCGGGGAUUCAAAAAUGAGUGCCCCAGUGGUGUUGUGAACGAGGAUACGUUUAAAAGUAUCUACUCCCACUUCUUCCCUCAGGGAGAUUCAAGUAUGUACGCACAUUUCCUGUUUGAAGCCUUUGACACCCACAACAAUGGACUGGUUAGCUUUGAAGACUUUGCGGUAAGUCUGUCCAUCAUUUUAAAAGGAUCCAUCACUGACAAACUGAACUGGGCCUUCAAUCUGUAUGACCUGAACAAGGAUGGCUGCAUCACCAGAGAAGAGAUGACAGACAUAAUGCACUCUAUCUACAACAUGAUGGGGAAGCAUACAUACCCCAGCAUGAGGGACAGCGCUCCAAAGGAACAUGUUGACAGGUUCUUCCAGAAAAUGGACAAGAAUAAAGAUGGAGUGGUCACCAUUGAGGAAUUCUUGGAAACAUGCCAAAAGGAUGAAAACAUCAUGCACUCCAUGCACUUGUUUGACAAUGUCAUCUGAAUGCUGAUGGAUGGAAGAUGAGAAAAGCUUUGUUUGGAGCUCUGCUGAGGUUUCUGUUCUUGCAACAAUAAGAGGAGGGAAUCCACUCCACCUCCUAGAAACUGAAGACACUGAGCAGAAUGAGCCAAAUAUUAUGUCUCAAAUGUGAUAAGUUAGGAAUAGCUAACAAAAUUUUUGUUUGGCUGUAUGAAGACGAUGAUGUGUAACCUGUAAAUACCUCUGCUAAAGUAACAUAAAGAAAAUCCCAGAUAUAAUCGAGACGCAGCUAUAGUUGCUAUAUUUUAAUGCAUGGAAAAGAUGAGGCCGUUUUUCUGUUUGCACAUCAAUCUACAUUAGAGACGAAACCUGACUGUACAGAAACACUCUCAAACAAUGAAGCGGCGCUCAAAAUGUAAAGUUUGCAAACGUUCUGAAAUCACUGUCCAAACCUGGAACUUGAGAUGGGAUGAAAGCAUGAAAUGAAGCCAUAAUCUUCCAACAACCUCUGUGUCCUAGAAGAACCUGACACAUUAACAUCAAUUUUUGAUUGUGUCUGCAUGAUUGUAUUUUUUUUUUUUACCAGCCAUUGAAAUGUUCACUGGGGAUGCAAACAAUUAAUCCACUUACGAUUAAUGGCUUAUUAGAUUACAAUUUGUUGAUCAAUUAGUAAUCUUCACUUUGACCUUUUUCUAGUGUUGUAGUUUGGCCGCCAUCCAGUGGAGUUACAGAAACAAAGAUGGCGGGUACAUACCAGAACGAGAAAGAGAAACGGUCCAAACAGAGUCUGUUGUGGGAUGCAAAACACAUUUUACACAAAACACACUGAAAUAUAGGCACUUGUCGAGCUCCUUAAGUUGUCAUGUAAACAGGGAUGAAAAAUUUCUAACAUGAUGGAAAGAAGCAUUGUGCCAAUAAGCAAAGGUUGAUUCUGAAGGCUGUUGUGAGUUAAUGCACUUCAUGGAGCGAAGUUUUAGCUUUCCUUCAAGAACAACCGCACACAUUACUUAUGCAUAAAUAUCAUGUAUAAGUGAUAUUUAUGGAUACUCACAGAUAACACAAUUAUUUGUUCAUUGUGGAUAAGGUGUUUCGCAUAUUUCACUAUUUUAAUAUUUUUCUAUUCAGGAUUCUAAGAGGUUCUUGUGUUAUAUUUUAUAAAUAUGUCUAAGUUUGAUCAUGUUAGAAAACCACAAUGUUCUGUUUACUCAGUCAGUUUAUAAUACAGCUGACAAAAUAAUGUUAGCCCUUUAAAAUGUAGCCCUCUAUGCUAUGCUCAGCCCUCUUGAUAUGAGAAAACUCAGGUUUUUAAGAAAAUGGCCGCUUAUCAAUUAAUUGUUAGCCGAUUGAUAAGAUCAGUCAACUUUAGAUUAAUUCAUUAAUCGAUAAUGUACAUCCCUAAUGUUCACUAAACUGUUCAGAUGUUUUAUAAAUGGAGGUGGUUACAAACUGGUGUGUUGUGGAAUAAUAAAAAACCCCAGAUACUAUUUAAAAGCAUGAAUUUUGUUUAUGUGCUUGUCGCUGAUUACCUUAUCGUUUAAAGGGCUGCCAAAGCUCAGUCUAAUUUAAAGAUUUUGGUGAGGGAGUUGUUGUUAAAGAGAACUUUGAUGGUGAUAUAUUCCUGGUACAAGAGACGCAAGGACACAAAAAACAUGUAUCUAACACCAA